AUGCUGCGCCGUGCGGGGGAAUGCUGCGCCGCGCGGGGGAAUGCUGCGUGCGGUAGACGGUUGUACUCAUUCACACGCAUACCUUUCCCCAUCCCCCCCCUCGCUUCAUUCAAGUCCCUUCCCUUGGCGUCCCCUCUGGCUGCGCGGGUUUUGAGACAUCUCAAGCAUCUCCUCUCCUCUCCUCUCCUCUCCUCUCCUCUCCUCUCACUGCCUCUCCUCUCACUGCCUCUCCUCCCCGCACCCAUCCUUUCCUCCCCGCUUUCAUCCCCGCUCCCAUCCUUUCAUCCCCGCUCCCAUCCUUUCAUCCCCGCUCCCAUCCUUUCCUCCCCGCUCCCAUCCUUUCAUCCCCGCUCCCAUCCUUUCCUCCCCGCUCCCAUCCUUUCCUCCCCGCUCCCAUCCUUUCCUCCCCGCUCUCGUCCUUUCCUCCCCGCUCUCGUCCUUUCCUCCCCGCUCUCGUCCUUUCCUCCCCGCUCUCGUCCUUUCCUCCCUGCUCUCGUCCUUUCCUCCCCGCUCUCGUCCUUUCCUCCCCGCUCUCGUCCUUUCCUCUCCCCUCUCAUCCUUCUCCAUAGCGCUCUCACCCUAAGCCCUCCCUCAGCUCAUUCCAGCUCCUCCCGUCCCUGUCCCCCUUCUUCCCCUCAUGUCCCCCGCUCCUUCCCCCCUUUUUCCCCCUCCAUGCCCUCAUUCCCAUUCCUCCUUCCCCUCAUUUCACCCUUUUCUUCCCCAUUUCCCCACUUCUUCCCUUUGAUUUCCCCGCUCCCCCCUUCCGCCACCUGCUUCUGCAGCGUGGUCACCGCCACGGAACUGCCAUCUGCACGUUUGAGGAGGUGCGCGAGAUGCGCCCAUUCAUGCGCCAUCCCUCCGAGCCCUGCCUCGCCGCCCUCCGGUAGUGACUCUCUCCCCCCUGUCCUCCUCUCUCCCCCCUGUCCUCCUCUCUCCCCCCUGUCCUCCUCUCUCCCCCCUGUCCUCCUCUCUCCCCCCUGUCCUCCUCUCUCCCCCCUGUCCUCCUCUCUCCCCCCUGUCCUCCUCUCUCCUCCCUGUCCUCCUCUCUCCCCCCUGUCCUCCUCUCUCCCCCCUGUCCUCCUCUCUCCCUCCAUCCCCCCGUUUCCCUUCCCCCAGCUUCCCUUCCCCCCACUUCCCAUCCCCCCUUUUUCCCGUCCCCCCAUUUCCCUUCCCCCCGUUUCCCUUACCCCCAUUUCCCUCUCCCCCAUUUCCCUUCCCCUCAUUACCCUUCCCCCAUUUCCCUUCCCCCUGCUUCCCUUAUCUCCGCUAUUGCUCUGCCACUCUCCUCUUUUCCCCGCGUCCUCGGCUAAGUGUGCUGUGCAGGCUGCAGCAGGGCAGCGGGGCGCCAUGUAG